AUGACAUCAGUUUCUUCUUCCACUGCUACCUCCAAUAACAAUAACAGCAAUAACUCAAAACUAAACCUAGUAGCAGAGGAAACUGCAGUCGAUAUUGUCACUGUCAACGCUCGCAAUGGCAAAAGUGACUAUAUUGUCCAAGUAUUUGGUCAAACCAGCAUCUUUCAUUCUCAAGUGGAAGAGACCCUAAGCAUCAAGACAACCAGAACAGGAUUUUCCGAGAUGAGAACUCUUUCUUGUGAAGCAUUCAUUCAUAACGACACUGUCUUUCUUAGCUCUCCUUUUGUUGGUCCGAAUGCUGGUUUGUUGAAUUGGGCAGAUGGUGAAUUUCAAUCAUGUAUCACUCAUUUGAUUGAGCUCGCCGAGGAGAAAACGGGAUGUAGCGCCUUGGUAGUAUCUAUUGAUCGACACAAUUACAAGGACACAUUAAGCACCAUGCUACGUGCUUUUAUGUAUCUUGGAUUUGAAAUGAUUGAUCCUGCAAUCUACGGCCAAGAAGCAGGCUAUGUUCUUGUGGGUUAUGAGCUUUAA